UGUUAAUAAAGCCUUUUGUUGCUUUCUGUUUUUAUGAGUGAUUUAUCGAACCGAAUAUCUAAUGCUUGUUGGUUCACGCAAAUCCUAGAUACAGUGGGAUUACGCUAGCAUUACGAUUGACAAUCUCUCUGCAUUGCCAGUAAGAAGAGCGAUUCAUCAGUUAUCGUUGUUUUUUCAGCUUUUCUGGGACAAAUACACGCGUACGUGGUUUAUAUUUGGUCACGGAUCUCCACCGUGACGACCAGUAAGCACCCAGUAUCUUUUUCUCCGAAAUUACGGAGUACAUGUGCCCAGAACCUUUUUCGUAAUCCUCCUAGACAGGGGGUGUGAGACUAUGAGACUGGUCAGCACGGGGAAAACGACAGGUGAGAUGCGUAUUUCCACGAUUCUCUCAAAUGAAGCUACGAGAUCGCGUUUCUCAUGAUGGACGAUGCACACUUUAUGAGCUGAGCAUGAGACAGAGUGAGGGUGUUGGGAUUGGUUCACAACAUCGACCUUCGUCCGCACUCCCGUAAGAGUGUAGCUGUAUUUCCUUUAUAUAUGUACAAGAAAUGGGCCAGAAACUCUCAAGAACCUUCCUUAUUUCUUCUUCUCCUUCUCCCGCUUCGUCUUACAUGUUGCGCACUCCUCAGAGCUAGGCUUCUCUAUAUGCUCAACCGUCGGCAUGCAUUUACGGAUCUCACGAAGAGCACAGGGAUUUUCCACAACAGGUUCAUACGAAGCUUGAAGACCGCAUUUGCAAAGAUGUACGACACGCGUUUUUGUGCACAUUGUGACGGAGUUAAAAUGGCAGGGUUCUUAGUUGGGGAUUCGUCAGGUAGGUUUAUGCGUGCACAGGAAAACUAUUGCUUCUUGGCAGCGGAGUUGGGGUUGGAGCUGUGGCUUUAUAGAUGUGUUGGUAACAGGUUCACUUUUAUAGAAAAGACAUCAAAAUGAUUAUAUCACGA